GACACGCAGAAAUCCGAGCCAGAAUAUUAGCACAAGAGAGAGCUAAACAUCAGCAUUAACUUAACCAUACAGCAUUUUGACAGCAUUUAUUAAACAUGACGACAAUGGAGCCUAACAUACUAGAUUCAAUACCAGACCUAAACAAUCUUAAGUCAUUUACAGAGAGAUAUUUUAGCAAGAGAUACAUUAUAAAUGUUGACGGAGUAAAGAAUAAUGACAUCAUGAUUAUGUUCCAUUCAAACAGAAUUGCCCUCUUGUGCCUGGCACCAAGUCAUUUCUUUUUUAGUAAGAGCAAAGAGUACAAAGUUAAUUAUACAGUAGGUAAUGUAAACAGGUUGAAGAAUGCUGUUAAGGGUAAGGGCAAGAAAGGAGGUCAGGCUCUAAAUCCUAAAUCAGUUGUUUGCAAGAUAGAAUAUGAAGACGGCACAAGUUUUGAUGUUCCAUGUGGUAUGAAAGGUACUUUAGUAGAAGUAAAUGAAGAGUUAGUGAACCACCCUGAACUCUUGAAGGAGUUUCCCGAUGCUGAUGGUUAUAUUGCUAUAAUAUUAUCUAGCAUUGCUAUUUCUGAAGCUACUAAAAAUGAAUUAUUGACACCGGACGAGUAUUUAGAUUUAUUAAAUGAUGGUGUAAAUGGUAAAGAAGAUAAGAAAUUAGAAUAGAUUUUGUUUGUUUUGAAA